AUGGGAUCUGAGUUCGCACGUGAAUUUGACGACGAGAUCAACAAGGUGAACGAGGUGAACGCGAGUAACGAGCAAGCAGCAGCGUACCUCGCCGGUGUCAACGAGGAAAUCGAUCACGCCGCCCGUCAUCCUCGCUCUUGUCGGUCCCCCGACAUCUGGGACGUUUACGACCUCAGCCCUCCCUCCUCAAGUCGCUCCACCUAUUCCUACCGUCCUCCAUCGCCAACCCUCAGCUGGGAGGUCGAGCGUGCGCUCUCUUGCGAGGGUGAUGCAUACAGGCAAGCGGCGGCUGAGCAUGACGUCGCUGAGGCGACAAUUUAUCAAGCUGGAAUCGACGAGAGUGUUGAGAACGCGGUGCUGACGUGGGAUCCGUCGCAGAUGGAUAAGAAAAUGCAAGUUGACUACGUCGCGCUAGCAUCAGCAGCCGUCUUAACUAAUAUCACCCUUUCAGUGUCCAUGAUGGAGACCACCUCUCGCAUCCAGCGUUGGCAGCAUCACGUCGCUUCUGUGGGCCAUUUGCCCAGGUUUGAGCUGCCUUGGGGGGGUUAUUACGAGGAACCAGAGAGCUUGCCCGAGAACCCUCCAAUGGGAUCCCAGUUUGCGCAGGACUUUAAUCAGGAGAUCGAGCACGCGAACGAAUGCGACCAGGAGAUCGAACACACGAACGACAACAAUCAUCCGGCGGCGUCGUUGUACCUCGCCGAGCUCGAAGAAGAAGUGCAGGGCGCUGACAACCGGUGGCUUCUUCCCUCUCCAGAGAUACUGACAAUCAGCCUCACCCCUUCGCCCACCUACUACUGCUCCCCCACUCCGUCACCGUCUAUUAGCUGGAAGGCUGAGCGAGCGCUGUCUAACGAGGCUGCAGCAAGGCCAGACAUCGCCGAAGCAACGGCAUAUCAAGCUGCGCUCGACGAGAGUGUGGACGCAGUGGAGACAGAGCACAUGGAAUGCGAGGAGUGA